CUGAACUGGGGGGAGGAGAACCAUGCAUUGGGGUGAUAAUAUGGGGGUGUUGUGGGAGGGAGGUUCCAGUGUCGGGAGAAAGGGAAAGGAGGCCAUCAUCAGCGUCAGCGAUUGGACAUUUAUAAAAAUCAGCUGCGAAGAGAAGAGAGAGGGGGGAAAGCUUGCUCGCAUGAUACUAGUAUUUUGGAGUCGCAAGUCGUAAACAAAGGAGAGGAGAGGAGACAAAGUAAAAAAACCAUCUGACUGAAUAUUGUUUUGGAAUGGUACAUAAUACAACAGCUGCUCGCUGUCAUGACAUGACAGUCUUUGGGAUGAUCUCAAUGGCUUUGGAUAGACGACACCCAGAGCUUCCGAAGAAGUAUUAGCUAAAUCAUAUGACUUGGCGACUUCAGAUAGUUCAGAGUGUUCAGACUUGGGAUAGUUGGGAUGUUGCUGCUACACACACGUACAAACACAAGUGUCUAUAGACUCGUUGCCACCUUGCACUAAUUUUACUUUACAAAUCUUCCACUAAAGAGCAAGAGCGAGUGUAUUUUUUCUCGUGACAUACAAGAAAACAAUAUAUAAGGAUGGGCGUCGUGUUUGUCGAACAUAUGAAUGGCAGCAGACUCUAUUCAUGUUUGCACUGCUACACGAAUCUCUCCAACAGGAGCCAGCUGAUCAGCACGCGCUUCACGGGCGGCUCUGGGCGUGCCUUUCUCUUCAGGAAAGUCGUCAACGUCAAAUUCAGUAAAGCUAUGGACAGAAUAAUGUUGACGGGUCGCCACAUUGUACGUGAUGUCAGCUGUAAGAACUGCAAUUCAAAGCUAGGAUGGAUGUAUGAGUAUGCUCAUGAAAAAUCACAAGAAUACAAAGAGGGCAAAGUUAUCUUGGAAAGAGCCUUGAUCACGGAAACUAACGGCAUUGAUGAAUAUGUCUGUUUUGAUAAUUAGAUAAGAUAAUACAUUUUUAAACUCAUUUUAAUUUUGUUACAUUAUAUUAUGAUUUGAGAUACUUUACGAAUUAUUUGUAUAAGUUUUGCAUUGAGUUAUUAAAAUUAGUCUUAAGGACAUGAACUGUACGAAACUAUAUAAGGUAUGGACUUUAUAUAACCCAAUUGAUGCGUUUAAAGAUUAUUAUUGAUUGUGGGUUUUGUUAAAAUGUCUCAUUGAGCAAAAUUAUCAAAACAAUUAGUUACGUAUUUAACUGAAAUACCACUAUGAUCAUAUGUUCCCUUUGUUUAUUAAUAUAAAAGUGUUCAGGAGUACAUAAUUUUAAAACAAUAUAUUUUUGAUAUUAAGAAGUAUAGAUCACGUUUAACGUGAUGUUAUUAUGAUAUUUUGUACAUCAACUUAUUUAGUAAAAUACCUGUAUGUACAUUAAGAGAAAUAAAGUUGCAACUCGAAAAGUAAUACAGUUGAAAUUUAACUGUAUUGGUAUAAAAUGUAUGAAACUUAAUUUAAAGUUCAUGAUAAAAUGAAUAUUAUUUUUGAAAGAUACUUACA